AUGCGUAUCGGUCAUCAUGGCCAGGCUUUGAGGAUGAUUGAGUACAAGCCGGCAUAUCGACUUAAGGAAGUGAGAAGAGCAUCAGUCCUGGUCGGCACGCCGAGAUCUGUAUUUAGGCCAUCAUCUGUCUUUGGUGCCUACAGCGAUGGAGUAAACAGCUCCGAAGCAUCGACAAUACGUGAAGCCCUGGAUUCGACUCAAAGUCACCAGGGACCCUCUUCUCAAACCAUCCAGAAUGUUGAGCUGGACCAGUCUUCCACUUCUAAAUCAGGAAAUCCGAGAGACGACCAUCGUUCCCUCCGUAUUUCCAUAGGAGAUUGGCCGGCGAUAAUGCGGUCACUAGAAGCAACAGAAGGACUAGGGCAGGUUCCCACUCCAUCUGAGGCCCCAUCUGAAGCCCCAGACACCACCGCUCUCCACUCGCAGCUGGACUGUCUACGCGCUUCUAUUCACCACGAUCCGCAAACUGGCCAAAAUUUCGACACUGUAGGAGACAGUUCUUUUGCUAGCUCCUCUCCAGCUUCUUCUGCAGCCACAGUCAGACGUCACAUACUUGACGCUCGCACCGCAUCCACGGUCAGAUCAUCUUGGUAUUCUUUCAGUGAUCCUGAGUCCUGCUGUGACGACGAAGUGCAAGAAGAGCCUGAAGCACACGUGAACCGCGUCUUCUCUACCACAGAAAACUUUGACUGGCGGGGUGAGAGCGAUAUGGAAGACACGCCAAAGCUUGAAAACGCGUCACCUGCCGAGAUGUCGUCGAAGGGGGAAAUGUCCCAUAGCCAAAUCGUACACUGCGAGACAUCUCAUGCUGGAUCCACUGCCGAGAGAGGGAUGCAUAUUGAUACUGCAAUCUCUACCGAGGGUAAUAGUAAGCAGCUCCCAAAACAUAGGAUCUGCGAAGUCCUGGCUCAGUCACGGAUCCCACGUGUGGUCGUCUCUAAACCCAAAAUUUCUGCUGCAGAGAACCAGAGCCCUGUGCCAGCCUUCAUCAGCUCAGAGGUUCGUAGCUCAAUACCGGUUCCGAGUCGACUCGUACAAGCCGUACGAGCAAUGAACACACAAGGAGUGACAGUAAAAGAAUCUGUCUACGCUGAAGAUAAAGCUGCCGGCAAGUCAGUUGAUCAUAAAAGUCCUGCAUCAUCCAUAGGAUCUAUGGACGCAGAUGGGGAAAACGAGGACUACCCAGAUGGUGAAGGGGAUAACGACGAAGUCAGCAGUUGGGACUUCGAUGACGACGAUAAUGAGCCUUUGGAGCGACCGCCUACCAUAUUUACUGGUGAAUACCGGACCAGAAGGCUUCCCCGAGGACCAACUUUGAGAAUAACGCCUUCGGCUGAGUAUGUCAUCAUGGGAGCCGAAGAUCCGGCGAUCAAAACAUCUAUUGUGACACAGCGGUCCCCUCCUCGUGUUCGAUACGUAGUGGGAGACGGUAACCCUUCCGAACCUCAUGAAGGCACUCCUGGUCACAGUGAAAGCGGGAAUGGUGACCUUCCCCAGGAUACCAAAGGAAAUUCGCGCGAUGUUGGAAUGGGCUCAGAGGAUAUGAGCUCUACUGAUAUGGGCUCCCCAAAGAGACCAAUAUUCAAACGUAGCAUUUCCAGCCCUCAGUUGAGGGGUCUGAAGAGCCUCGUGUCUGGGGUGCCACCCGUUCCUAAGAUCAACCCGGAGUAUCGGCAAGAACGCCGCCUAUCGACUGCGCAAGCAGAGAGCUUAGAGCCAAAGACACCGACAAAGGAUGCAGCAGCCUCCAUGCAAUCUCCUGUGGUUGAAGCUGUAUCAGACUGGGAUAUAGAUUCACCGAUGACGGCAGUACCACGGUCCCCGAUGAGAGAUGCACCACCCAUAGCCGUUGAUUCUUCAACCUUGACGGAAAAGAACGGAAAGCAUAAUACUCAAAAUGAUUUAGAGGCAGCCCACAACGCAGGAUCAUCUAACAUUGCGAAGGAGGACACGACUUCCAAAGAGAUCGGCCUGCAAGGUAGUUCUGACGGAAAUCAAGGCAACGAAACUGAGAACAUUCCUAGCCGAGCCAGACUCCCGGAGUCUAAAAGCUCACGCAUGCUGGUCGGUUUCAGGACCAUUUUCUCGAAGCGCAAGUCUAUUAGCGAGAAAACCAGGCCGAAGAAGCUAGAGGGCAGCGGCGAAACGGCUACCCCUGCUAGCAAAGGGCGGGCGUCCGACGUAAUCAAAUCCGAUGAAAAUGUCGAGGGGACUCCUAAAUUAGGCAGACAAAUCUCAAAAGCGAGCAAGCAGCAGCCCAGAUUGUCCGAGGGAGCUACUUAUCUGCGUAACUCCAAAACGAUGGCGGAGCUUACGCCUGUUCCCCUGUCGACAAAGAUGAAUGCUAGCAAUACGCCCACAGGCUCCUCUCAGCCAGCUCUGAGAAAACAGUCGGAGAAUCAUGUCCCAUCGUUCGCUAGGCCGACCCAAUCGACGAUCACCAAGGCUGCCGGCUUGUCCAGGGUGUCCACUGGGCAGCUAGCUGCUUCUGCAACACGAGAUGUCCGCGGACGCAGACUUCCCAUUACUGUUACCGCGAAUGGAAGCCCGCAAAGCGCGAAUCGCAACCAGCACCAUAGCAUGAGUAUAACAUCGUCCUUCCAUAAGAAAGUCCCUACUAUUCCGAAUGGGGGAGGCACGGCAAUUGAAGACAUGGAGAAAGUGGACCUGAUUCGUAGUUGUAUUGACGACAUCUGCAAUCAGGUUCGCGAUGGCAACACUGCCGAUCAGCGUGAGAAACACCUUCGGGUCGUGCUUUCACUCCAGCAAACCCUAGCCGACUACAUUAAUAAAGAAAAAGAAUUUAAAGAAAUCGAACAGCUGUACUUCAAGAAGAAACUCAGCCGCGAUAUCGGACGUAACACUCUCUUUGAAUUCUUCGAGCAGGUGCAGGCUCUAUUGAGCGAAGAAGAGUAGAAGAGCGAUUCGUCUCGUUCGAGAUUUUCGGAUCAUCGGUGGCACUUGCGGAAUUUAACUGUCUCGGGGUUGUGCCUUCCCUCAUGCAAUCCUAUAUGAUAUCAAGGACGUUCCUUUGUUCAUUUCGAUCUUCAAAAAGGAAAAAAGAAAAAAAAAAAAAAAAAAAGAAAAGAAAAGAAAAACUCUGAUUUCACAUGGUCGUCUUCGUCCUACAACCUUAAUGUCUAACAACUAAUCUGGCUCCUGUUGGCUGUUGAUCGUUCAAUCCCUUUCCUUUGCUUUUCUAUCCGUUUCCCUCAUGGCCUUUUUUCCCAUGGUUUUUUUUUUGUUACUUGUCCCAGAGACUUAGUGGAACCCCCCAAAAGGUUUACGUUGCGAGUGUACGAGUCUACGAUUCACGAACUCAUGAUAUUGUUGUUUUUCUUACACUGCCUGUACUUUAGUAUGCUGCCGAGCGAUUGUCUCGGAUGAAUUAUUUCAACCCCAAAAAAAGUUGAAAACCCCAUGUAUCCAGAAAAAAUUGAUACAAUGUCUGAGUCCUA